AUGGAAGAAUCGCUAUACGAUGAAUUUGGUAACUACAUUGGUCCGGAGCUACAUAGUAGCGAGGAUGAGUCAUCAUCUACCUCAGACAGUAAUCCAGCAAGUGAUAACGAGAGUGAAGAAGCAGUUAAUGAAGCAGAACAUCAAGUGAAUGCUCUUGCGCUUCACAAUGAAGAAGACAACGCGAUCGUGCUUCAUGAGGACAAACAGUAUUAUCCCGAUGCUAGCGAAGUCUAUGGUGACGCUGAGAUGCUUGUAAUGGAGGAAGAUGCACAAGAAAUUGAAAAACCAAUUAUUGAGCCUGUAAAAACGAAAAACUUUUCCGUAUUGGAGCAGAAAACCCCACGCACAACAUAUUCGACUGAAUUUCUGACUAGUUUGAUGAAUCAUCCUCAACUUAUUCGACACGUGGCUAUACUAGGAGAUCUUCACCAUGGCAAGACAUUAUUUACUGAUCUUUUGGUGCAGCAGACACAUGUAGAUAAGUGGAAUCCUGCACUCGAGAAACGAUAUACGGACACGAGGAAGGACGAGCAGGAACGUAAAGUGUCGAUCAAGAGCACACCUGUGUCUCUUGUGCUGCCAACAUCCAAGGGUAAACAUUUCUUACUGAAUGUUCUGGACUGUCCUGGUCACGUGAAUUUCUCGGACGAAUCGACGGCGGCGUUGCAAGUAGCAGACGGCGCGGUGCUUGUCGUUGAUGCGAUUGAAGGCGUCAUGAUGAAUACGGAACGACUGGUUAAAGCAGCACUUAGAGCCAAUGUAGCCAUUGUGCUCGUACUAAAUAAGGUGGACCGACUUAUCAUUGAACUCAAGUUACCACCUGCAGAUGCAUACUUCAAAUUGCUGCAUACAAUCGAAGAGAUUAAUGCAGUCAUUAUAGCUAACACACCGGCCGAUCAAGAGAAGCAGCGCGUGUCACCAGAGCUAGGUAAUGUCUGCUUUGCUUCAGGACAACAUGGAUGGAGCUUUACGCUUGAAUCCUUUGCACAAAUUUACGCUGAAACGUACCCAAGUGUUCCUGCGUCAGAGUUGGCGGCAAGAUUUUGGGGUGACAAGUACUUUAAUCCGCAGACGCGAACUUUUACCAAGAAAUCGCCCUAUCCUGGUGCAUUGCGAUCUUUCGUUCAGUUUGUGCUCGAACCGCUGUACAAAAUGUAUUCCAAGGUGCUGGAUGGUGACCCAAAAGAACUAUCGGCUACACUGCGUGCUAUGGGCUUGCGCUUGCGAAAAGAAGAGCUCAACUUGAAUCCGCGUCCGUUGCUUAAGCUCGUACUAGGCAAAUUUUUCGGCACUGUUACUGCGGGUUUUAUGGAUAUGGUUGUCAAAUACGUUCCGUCACCGCUUUUGACUGCCAAAUCCAAACUGGAAAAUCUUUAUACUGGAAACCAGUCGUCGGAAAUGGCCGUCGUCCGUGGCAUUCAGUCGUGUGACCCCAAAGCACCGCUGAUGGUGAACAUUGUCAAGUUGUACUCAUCGCCGGACGGUACUACAUUUAGCGCAUUCGGCCGUAUCUAUUCUGGUGAGGUAUGCGAAACCAAAGAUGUCAAGGUCUUAGGCGAAGCGUACAGUACCGAUGAUGAUGAAGACAUGUGUACCCGGACAAUUGAAAGCGUCUGUAUUGCACAGGGUCGCUACAAAAUUCAGGUGAAUCGUAUUCCGGCUGGCAACUGGGUGUUGCUGGAAGGAGUCGAUGCAUCAAUCACGAAAAGUGCCACUAUUACAGAUGCAGACGAACAAAUAUUGCAAGAUGAAGAAGUAGGCAUCUUUCGACCUAUUCACAUCGCUUUUAAUAUGACUGCUGUGAUGAAGCUCGCAGUUGAGCCUUUAAAUCCGGCAGAAUUGCCCAAAAUGCUGGAAGGUUUGCGAAAAGUCAGUAAGAGCUACCCACUUGUACGAACAAAGGUAGAAGAGAGCGGCGAACAUGUGAUCUUGUGUACAGGUGAACUCGCAGCUGACUGUAUUCUGCACGAUUUGCGACGAAUGUAUGCUGAGAUUGAGAUCAAAGUGGCUGAUCCCGUCGUAGCCUUUUGUGAAACGGUAAUCGAAACAUCUGCUGUGCAGUGUUUUGCAGAGACACCUAAUCAGAAGAAUAAGAUCUCAAUGAUUGCAGAACCUCUUGACGCAGGUUUAGCACAGGACAUUGAGGCUGGUGCGAUUAAUUUGGACAUGGAUACGAAACAAGUCGCAAAUUUUUUUCAAACUCGGUACAAAUGGGACGUUCUCGCUGCUCGUUCUGUUUGGGCAUUUGGUCCCGAAAGCAAUGGACCAAACGUUUUGCUUGACGAUACACUGGCUACAGAAGUGGACAAAUCUUCGUUAAAUAUGAUUAAGAACAGCAUUGUCCAGGGAUUCCAAUGGAGCUGUCGUGAAGGUCCGUUGUGCGAUGAACCGAUUCGCAAUACAAAAUUUAAGAUUCUAGACGCUACUAUUGCGUCCGAGCCAAUUCACCGUGGUGGUGGACAGGUGAUUCCUACAGCACGUCGUGUAGCCUACUCGGCUUUUCUCACAGCGACUCCGCGAAUGUUAGAGCCCAUGUAUGCACUUGAAAUUCAGUGUCCCGCUGACACAGUGUCCUCAUUAUAUCAGGUCUUAAGUCGUCGACGUGGUCAUAUUACGCACGAUGCUCCAAAGGCUGGCUCUCCGUUGUACACAGUUCGUGGAUUUGUGCCGGUAAUCGAGUCAUUUGGACUCGAGACAGACCUACGCGUUUUCACGCAAGGUCAAGCUUUUCUGUCGCAAGUAUUCGACCAUUGGGCGGUCGUGCCUGGUGAUCCAUUGGACACGAAUGUCGUGCUACGUCCUCUCGAACCAGCUCCAGUAAAUGAUUUAGCUCGCGAAUUUAUGGUCAAGACUCGACGUCGCAAAGGAUUAAGUGAAGACGUGAACGUUAGCAGGUAUUUUGACGAGCCUAUGCUGCGUGAGCUGGCAAGACACGAAGUGGAGCUGCAACAUCUCAUUUAA